UGUUAUGAUUGUUCACAUGACACAGCACCUUGUGACAUCACCCGCACAUCACAUCACACACCACGCCAUCAACACUCAGCACACACACAACACAGCGUAACAAACCACUCAGCACACACACAACCCAGCAUAACAAACCACUCAGCAUGCAACACAACAACCACACAAUCACCAACGUUCAUCUCAUUUAUUCAGCAAACAAGUUUACAAAAGGGAUAGCCCACAACGGGAUCGUCCUUCUUUUCGUUUUCGCCAGCGCCCUUAGUGGUUCGACCGAUAAACCCGAUCAACGUGAGAAAUAGCCGUCCGCGACCGUGGUUUCGUGUGUGUGUGCAACGUCAAAGUGAAUUUUUUAACCUUUUUCUUAACUGAAUUAAACAAAAUUAUUAUUGUGGGAAAUAGAAUUUAAAAUUAAAAUUAAAAUUAUAACGAUAUUGGAAUCAGUGCGUUUUCUUUCCCCCUUUCACAGUGCGUUCAGUGUCCUCUACAUUUACGUAAGUAUCUAGUAUAUCUGGUGCAUAUACGUGAACAAAUGGUCCUUCGAGCCUUUCGGAAAGGCACCUAAGGUAGAAAAAAAAAAAAAAAUACAAACCUCUAAAACAAUAAAGUGACCAAAUAAAGUGUAAAAGUCCAAUCGAAAUUGGACAAGUGAUAUAGUUGCAAUAAGCAACCAACAAAAUAAAAGUGAAAUGAAAGUGUAAAACGACACAAAAAAAAAAAAAAAAGAAGUAAUAGAACAAAUAAAAGUGGGAAAAAGUGCAUAUGUUUAUACAAACAAAAAUAUAUAUAUAUAUCUACAUAUAUUACAAGAAAUUGCAUACGUGACCAAAUUUAACUAAUUACAACAAACGGCAAGAAACAAACAAAAACAAAACUAACUAUAAAGCACAAACUCGGGCGCGGGCGCGGUACAAAAAAAAAAAAAAACAACUUAACAAACACAAAACUAAUACAAAAACAAAAUAAUACAUAAGGAGAACACAGGAGUCUGCAAACAACGAGGGAGGAAAACACCAUUUAACAAGGACAGCGCUGGACAAAAAACAAGAAAAGAGCAUAAGCAACAAUAACUAUAUGUAUAUACAAGCCCAAAAACCCUUGGCGGAAGAAAAGUGAAAAUGGAUGUAGACGAGAGCCAGAACACCAUCAAGACAGUGAGGUCCGAGAUCGUGACACCCGUCCCAGCGCCGAGGACGCAAAGGGUUAUGGGACCAUCAUCCGCCGCAGCAGCGAGGGAUAGAGGUGAAGAACAGCCGAUUGAGGAUCAGGGGCCUCCACGCUGCAGUCUGUGCCAUCGCCCACACGCUCUUAAGAGAUGCCCCAUUUUCCAGAGCAUGAAGCCAGCACAACGCCGCCAGAUCGCAAGAGCUCAUGGGCAUUGUAUGACCUGCUUGGCAGACGACCAUGCCACCAACGACUGCUGGGCCGACAGUAUGUGCCAAUACUGCCACCGACCACAUCAUACGAUGUUCCACAGGUUUCCCAAACGAGCCGAUACAGAAAAUACAACUCGUAUUCGUCGCAGACCACAACGCGAUCUGGCCCAACGCAGAGGAGAGAAUCACAACGAAUACGUACAAACCACACGUUCGCGACCACGUUUGCGUCCACAGUUGCGAAUCCCUCCGCCACGUCGAACUCAUCAGUAUAAGCAACGACGCUCAACGGGAUUGAGGGCAGUAGUUAACACGUUACAACAGCUUCAGCGGCUUCUAGGCGAUUAAUCCGCCUAGGGGGGCCGGGAUGUUCACAUGACACAGCACCUUGUGACAUCACCCGCACAUCACAUCACACACCACGCCAUCAACACUCAGCACACACACAACACAGCGUAACAAACCACUCAGCACACACACAACCCAGCAUAACAAACCACUCAGCAUGCAACACAACAACCACACAAUCACCAACGUUCAUCUCAUUUAUUCAGCAAACAAGUUUACAAAAGGGAUAGCCCACAACGGGAUCGUCCUUCUUUUCGUUUUCGCCAGCGCCCUUAGUGGUUCGACCGAUAAACCCGAUCAACGUGAGAAAUAGCCGUCCGCGACCGUGGUUUCGUGUGUGUGUGCAACGUCAAAGUGAAUUUUUUAACCUUUUUCUUAACUGAAUUAAACAAAAUUAUUAUUGUGGGAAAUAGAAUUUAAAAUUAAAAUUAAAAUUAUAACGAUAUUGGAA